GUCGCGCAUGGCAGUGCGUGGUGGAGCGCGGUUCGCAACGGAUCGACGGUGGCAGUAACCGCAUCGCGGCAGUAGCACACCGACAACAAGAGGGAGGAGAAGCGCCGGAGGGACAGAGACGGAGAUAGAAGCGAACGCGAUCGUAAAGUCUGCCGAGAGAUAGCUCGCGCCUCGAAAAUAGAACGACGUAUCGCGCGAAACGAGCAUCGACGACGCGCGUGUUAACGGCAUCGCUCACGCGCGAGACAUGUACCCGACGGAAAUAGUCCGGGAUCGCGCGGAAUCGUGGCGAGGAGUGUGAAGCGAGUGGUGCAGUGCGCGGGUACACCGGUGGCGAUAGUAGCCUGCGACGGCGACGACGACGAGGAGGAGGACGAGGCCGAGGACGACGAGGACGAGGACGAGGACGUGACAGCAGUAGGGGGGUCGGUGGUAGUAAGAAACGGUGACAGGAGCGGAGGCGCCCCGAUGAUCGUACUUUGGUGUUGAUUCGCGCAGUGGUAGAGAGAAGAGAAGAGACGAGACGAGGAGAGAAGUGGAGAGGAGAGGAGAGGAGUGCACCGAGUGGCGCUGGCCCAGUGGUGGCGUGCGCGCGUGUUAGUGCGACGCGCACUUGGUCGGCGGGGCCACGUUUCGUCGCCGUCGUCGCCGUCUCGCUCCGUCCUAUACCGCCGCCGCGCGUCAUCGUCGGGCGGCGCGGUCGUCGUCUCGCUCUCUCUCGGCGGCAACGGCGGCUCCCCGCCCCCUCCGCCGUCACCGGCAACGCGGCUCACCCGCCGUCAUCGUCGUCGCCGUCGCUCCUCUCGGUCGCUCUCGCCGGAGGCCACCGCACCGAGGGCGUCCGCGCCUUCCGACGAGUCAGGCCAGCCGCUACGCAAGAUGGCUGUAUGUCGCUGACGAGGGGCCGACAAACCGGACAGGAGUACGGACAGCCCGUGGAUAUAGGCGGAACAUGCGGCUACGCGAACGUCGGGCCCGUCCCUGAAGAGAGAGACCCUGGCCAAGAAGCGAGAGGGAAUGUAUGACAUGUUCAUCCAAACACAGCAGACGAGUAGCGUCAACGGCAGCAGCAGCAGCAGCAGCAGCAGCAGCAGUAACAACACCGUUCACCAUCACAGCAAAAAGCGCAAGUUGGACUACAACGUGAGCCAGCCGGUAAUCCAGCACGCAUUGGUCCAAUCGACCAGCGACUACCAAUUGGACAAUACCGGUCUGCAACAACGAUACUCCGUGAACGGUGCUAAUACCGCAUUUAGCUCGCUGCACAACAAUAAUGCGCUGCAGAAGAGUAGUCCGAACCAGCAGACCCUGGUACGAGCCUCGACGAUCAAGCUCUUAGAUACGUACCAACGCUGUGGCCAGAAGAGAAAAACUUGGUCGAGGGAGGGUAAUGGUGACGGCCUGGCAGUCCACUCCGCCAAUGCGACGAAUGCGGUGGGUAGUACUGUAGUGUCGCAGCACCAUACCCAACAGCAACAACAGCAGCUGCAACAACAACAGCAGCAGCAGCAGCAACAGCACAACAAGCAGACGAGUAUGACGGCGCAUAGCAAGCAAGUGGCUAAUGCGGCCAACGGGAACGGCGGUGGCAGCAAUCCCCAGGGCGACGGGGAUUAUCACUUGGUGCAGCAUGAAGUCCUCUACUCCAUGACCAACCAGUACGAAGUCCUCGAGUUUCUUGGCAGAGGUACUUUCGGACAGGUUGUAAAAUGUUGGAAAAAAGGAACGAACGAAAUAGUAGCCAUCAAAAUUCUAAAGAACCAUCCAUCGUACGCGCGCCAGGGUCAGAUUGAGGUCUCCAUCCUGUCUCGACUUAGUCAGGAAAAUGCGGAUGAGUUCAAUUUCGUGCGCGCCUAUGAAUGCUUCCAGCACAAGUCACAUACCUGCUUGGUAUUUGAAAUGUUGGAGCAGAACCUCUACGAUUUCUUGAAGCAGAAUAAAUUCUCACCUCUACCCCUCAAAUAUAUCAGGCCCAUUCUCCAACAAGUAUUGACCGCGCUGUUAAAAUUAAAGCAAUUAGGAUUGAUACAUGCUGAUUUGAAACCGGAGAACAUUAUGCUAGUGGAUCCAGUUCGUCAACCAUAUCGAGUGAAAGUCAUUGAUUUCGGAUCAGCCUCGCAUGUGUCUAAAGCCGUCUGUAACACCUAUUUGCAGUCGCGAUACUACCGUGCGCCCGAGAUCAUACUGGGACUUCCAUAUUGUGAAGCGAUAGAUAUGUGGUCGCUCGGCUGUGUUGUUGCAGAGUUGUUUCUGGGAUGGCCAUUAUAUCCGGGCAGUUCCGAGUAUGAUCAAAUUCGAUAUAUAAGUCAAACACAGGGCCUACCGACGGAGCAUAUGUUAAACAACGCUAGCAAAACAACAAAAUUCUUUUACCGGGACAUGGACAGCACAUAUCCAUUUUGGCGGUUAAAGACACCGGAAGAGCACGAAGCGGAGACUGGUAUCAAAUCUAAGGAAGCAAGGAAAUAUAUUUUUAAUUGCCUUGACGAUAUUGGUCAGGUUAAUGUACCGACUGAUUUAGAUGGCGGUCAACUCUUGCCAGAGAAAGCAGACAGGAGAGAGUUCAUUGACCUCUUGAAGAGGAUGCUUACAAUGGACCAGGUAGAGCGCCGUAUAACACCCGGCGAGGCACUGAACCACGCAUUUGUCACUCUGGCACAUUUAGUCGAUUACGCGCAUUGUAACAACGUCAAAGCUUCCGUCCAGAUGAUGGAGGUUUGUAGGCGCGCGGGAGACUUUACGGCGAGUCCUGCACAUCAUCAGGCUCCACCGGCGCCUCAACCACCUCCACCAACGUCUUUAGUAGCCAAUUUUGUACCUACCACGAAUGGCAGUGCGGUGACUCUCACCUUCAACAAUCAAUUGACCAAUCAAGUGCAGCGAUUAGUCAGAGAGCACCGCACUGCGCAAACAGGAUACGACAAUCUGUAUCAAAUAUAUAGUAACAGUAGCAGACGGGCAACACAGUAUAGUGGGUCGUCUAGCGGAUCCAAUAGCGGGCGAAAUGGCGUGCACGACUUCCCGCACCAAUUGGUGCCUAGUAUAUUGUGUCCACCGCCUGGAUAUCAAACAAUGCCAAGCCCUGCAAAACACGUAGUUGUUGCUCAGCCACCGCAACCGCAACAGGCCCCUUUGCAAAUUCAACCAUCGAUCAUAUCGCAGCAAGCCGUGGCUGCGGCAGCUGCAGCUGCUCAACAACAAUAUGCUGCGGUUCCUGUGUCUAUGGUCGAAACUGGUCGGCAAAUGUUGCUUACUAAUGCUGUGCAGACAUCUUGGCCUGGUGGAAGUCGUCAAAUGGCUGCGAUCGUACCAUCGUGGCAACAAUUGCCGCCGCAGCAUGCAGCCAUACAACAACCACUGCUCAGUGAUGCCGGUGAUUGGGGAAGACCUCUUAUUGUUGAUAGCUCUGCUAUUCUACAGCGGCCGGUAUUUCCUGUCACGGAGGUUUACAAUGCUAGCGCACUCGUCGAGCAUCCUUCACAGAGCUGGGGCAAGCGUACCGUCACUAAACAUCAUCAUCAUGUUACGGUACCGCAGCAGACUCAGCAUAGACAUGAACAUAAAAAAGAGACACAACAAUUGAGUCCGGUAAAGAAGAGGGUUAAAGAGAGUACACCACCCAGUAGCAUGCGACGACACUCGCCGACGUCAAGUAGCCAUUGGCAGGAACAGUCAGUGCAAUCCCAUCAUCAUAGUAGCAAGCACAGCAGUAGUCACAAUGUGGAGCACCAACCAAUCACAUCCGUGCGACAGCAGACUAUUACGAUCGAUGACACGCCUUCACCAGCCGUUUCCGUUAUCACAAUUAGUGACAGUGAAGAUGAGGCGCCCGGAAAAUGCUGCGGAGACCGUCAGUGCAGCGCCUGUCAAAGUUUGGCAACUCGCCUGUCGGGCGACGGACGUCCUGUCCGUGAGGAAGUCAUACGAAGCACGCAGUCGACGCCGCGUGUUGUACAAAUGCAGUCAACACACACGAAUAGUCAGCAACACACGAACGGGCACGUUACGCAUAGCAGCAGCAGCUCAUCAUCGCAUCGAGCGCAACGCAAGAAUGUCAUCAGCUGUGUCACCGUUGGCGAUAGCGACGGCGAAGCUAGUCCAAACCGUACGCAUGGUCAUAUAUAUCAACAUCUAUCGCAACACCCGCAGCAUCAACAGACCACGCAGUUGAUCAAGCACGAGCCGCAACAACAACAUCACGUUAGCAGCAGUAGCUCAGCAUACUCUUCUCAAUCACAAAAAAAGCGGCUGUUGGCAAAAGUGCAGUCCGAAUGCAAUAUGGUGAACGUUGCGACGAAACCGGAACCUGGCGUCGAGUAUCUUGCUCCACAUCCGUGUCACGCGCCAGCUUGCAAAGAGCCACCGACCUAUCAGGAUGACGUCUAUGACAUGCAUGACCACUUCUUGCAGUAUGUGACUACGAGUAGUGCGCAUCCUCAUCUCCAAGAGCAACAUAUCGUGUAUACAACUGGCACGGACAAACGAGUAUCCUGGCCCGGAAAACGUGCUGAGUAUAAACAUGAAUACGUUCAACCACCGGCUGCACACUCUCGAGAUCAUCAAAAGUGGGUGGUGGCUAAUCCUGUACAUCAAUAUAGACAGAGCCAGGUAGUAGGUACGGCAGCCCAUCCGAGUCAUACCCACAGUCAUCACGGACAUCCGGCUCAUUUAAGUCCAGGGGGCAGUGGCGGUGGUAGAAGUCCUGCCGGCGGACCUGUGAUAGGAAGUGCCCAGCAUUUGGGACAACCUCUCUAUCAGGAAUACGCUCAUGUGCGUUCGAGAGCUCAUGCGGUGCCACCUCCCGUGUACGUUACCGCUGCACCCUCGCAGGCUGCUACUGCUAUUCAGCAGCAACAAGUGCCCACCUAUCAAGGAUUCACACCCGGCUCGUCUCCAUUAACGUUGUAUGAUUCUAGUCGAGCGUUGCCACCGCCAGCUCAUCACAGCUCGGCCAGACCAUUACUGGCAAGUCACGCAGCACAUCCGUUGCCUGCGCAUAUGCAGCCUACAGCUGUUUAUGGAUUGGCCCCGCUAUCGCCAGCCAAACACCAAUAUCAACCUUCCGGUUUAUGGUUCACCGAAUAAAUUAUUCGGUCGAGUCGUGACUAAAAGUCGUACGAGCGAAUGUAAUAAGUAAUCGCACGAAUUUUCUGGGAACUUACGAGCCGCUUGUGCCAAUCAGCGAAUGCGUAAUUAAUUAAAUAUAACAGAACAAAGGUAUGUCGUGCACACUUUUCACAGUCUUUGUGCACUUGGCCAGUAAAUGGAGCGGGGUGGGAGUAUCCGAACUGUGAAUACGAAUCGAUAUUUGCAUAUACUUAUACAAAAAUUUACGAUCGAGCAAGUUUGCCGAAUGAAAAGCAGCAGAAAGCAGUAGAGAUGUGUUUAAAGAUGAAAUUUUUGACAAUCCGUCCUACGUAUAUAUAUAUAUAUACAUAUUAUAUAUAUAUAAGCAGCGACUCCCUUCCGACCCCCGCUCUCUCAUAAGAAGCGAAAUGCUAGGAGAUCAGUAUAAUUAGAUCUCUUUAUAUAUGUUUGUUAUAUGCCUUUUAUAUGUGUUUGAAAUAAACCCAUCGCGACAAUUUCAAAAAGAAAUUAGAGAGAAAAGAAAAGAAUUAUCCUAUUUUGACACGCGAUUGUACGUAAAUAGAAAUCUCAUUACAAUUUUCUUUUUUUUUUCUUUGAAUUUGAAUCGAAGAAAUAUGUAUAUCUCGGCGUAUGCGGCAUGCUAUAUAGAUUUCGUAAGUUUCCAGAGAUGCCGAAGUUUUAUUACGAAAGGUAAGAUUUAUAAGGACAUUGUAUGUACAGACCAAAAUUUUUUUCUAUCGAGAUGCCCAAAUCUAUUGAAUGUUCACAUGCGCGAAGUUUCUCUCUAUUGUAAAUAUAUAUACAUGUAUACAUAUAUAUACAUAUAUAUAUAUGUAUACAUGUAUAUAUGGAAUUAGCAUGUAACUUAAAUAGAUUGGAAGCAUCAAUAUCGAUGAUAGAAAUAUGCAUGUGGAAUGGCAUUGUCGAAACGCGCGUACAAUUGUAAGACAGAUAUCGUUCAUAUGCGAUUUAUAUUUAUAUGAUUUAAUUUAAAGUACGAAUGAGUAUGCAUUUCUUUAAGCUAUGUUAAAAAAUAUAUAUCGCGCGCGCGAGUAUCUUAUUUUUAAUCCUCCUUAACGGAAUCAUUUUAACGAACUAUAUAUUUUUUUCGAUCGUUACAAUGGCGAUCGCGAUUUUGUUCUUGUUCGUGGGAUUUUCAAUUGUAUUAAGAAUUUCGCUAUGGAAUAUAGUGUGCUGUAGUCUUUUAUGAUAUUUUAUUCAUAACGGAUACUCGAAACUAACGAGGUAAUCACAUUAUCCUUCGUAGUUUGCAGCGUGUUACUCACAAGUAUACGUUAACAUAUACACACACAUAUUAUUUAGUUAUAGUACAUAUUCGGAAUUUCAGGAUACAUAUAGAUUCGCGAGUAUAUAGAGAAUUAUUCCGGUUGUCGUAAGUAUAAUUGUAUGAGGGAGUAUCUCGUCAAGAAAAUAAUAUACAAAAAAAAUUUAGAAUCAAGUCACGAAUCUAUUAAGAUGAUUGCACGAUAUCCGAAUUGACGAAAGCUUUGACGUGCCUUUUUUGGAACAGUCUUAUUAUUUAUUUUAUUCUUAUAUUAUUAUUUUCAAUCGUUUCUUUCCAUAGUCAAUGUGUCAUUUUCAUUGUAUAGCAUUUCAUUAUUAUUCCCAUUAUCAUUGUUACUAAUCGUCAUUGUUCUCAUGCCUAAUAUUUUGUUCUAAAUUGUAUAAAUAGUGUAUUAUAGGCAAUCUUUGCCUUAAAUUUAUGGUCUAAAACGCUAAAUAGUGACCAUAUAAUUUCGAAGGGUUCAUAAAUUGUAUAUAGGUUUAAUGA